AUGCAGUCAAUUCUUCUUUCGAUGAAGAAAACAAUGGAAGAAACACCGUGGUCUCAAAAGCUUCAAGCCCUAACCCACAUACUACUCUGCCCCGACACCGCUCCGCCUCUCGCUUCUCAAUUCUUCAUCGCCACCAAGAUCCCCUGUUACCUCAAUUGGGACUACCCUCCUCUCCUCUGCCCUAAAUCUUCGAUUUUCCCCUUUCUCUCACUUCACCUCCAAUGGGGUUUCUCCCUCUUCCUCAAAAAACUCUCCCGAUUCGGCCUCCCCAAAACCUCCUGGCGAUCCAAAUGCCCUUAUCAACUCCCCCCGCCUUUGAUUCUCGCUAAGGGCGUCCACCCUGCUCAGUGGGACGAUGAACAGAGGAUAAACUACGCCAGAAUGAGGCUCAGAAGAAAACGUCUCGGCAGCGAUGUUCAUCCCUUAAUCCCUAUUAUGAUUCCAAAUAUGUUGCUGUUUACUCUACUUCUGUGGAAUCCAUUCUCUUCCACUGAUUGAGACAAAUCUGAAAUUUUUGUUGUAAAUUGAUUGUUUGGGCCCUCUGUUUUUUAGUAACUUAUUAAUUGCUGAAUAAUGUAGAGCGUUUAAGUAAAAGAGAAGUUGGGAUAUAAAGUUCUGGGUUUCUUUGUUUUCA